AGUAAUGAGAGAGCGGAUGCAGCGGAUACGAGUAGUCUUUUGUUCAUCAGCGGCGCAUUCAAUUGUCCCCCGAAACAGAGCAGAAAGCGAGAACCGAGACGAGGAGGAAGACACGCUCGCUCUCAUCGUGUAUCCAUGGGAACGCGAGCUGCAUCUCAGCCAAAUUACUCGAGUUACGAUUCUUAGGGUUAGGGAGAUUUCGUCGGGAAUUCUAACGAAUCCUCUCGUCGACGUCGAGGAAGACGACCUCUCGCACUUUCGACUCCAUCCUCUUCUCUUCGGGCGCGCAUCGGAAUAUCCGGAGGAUCCGGCAUUUCCAAGGUAACCGGAAACAGACGACGACCAAGUCUUCAGGAUCUCGGACUUUCUCUCGUAUAAACGAGAAGAGGAGAUUUCGCGCCCAAGUUAAGAAAGCUAAGCAACUCAGGCAAAGAUGCGCGAGAUAGUACAUCUCCAGGCCGGUCAAUGCGGCAAUCAGAUUGGAGCCAAGUUUUGGGAGGUGAUCUCGGACGAGCACGGGAUCGAUCCCACGGGGACGUAUCACGGCGAUUCGGAUCUGCAGUUGGAGCGGAUAAAUGUCUACUACAACGAGGCUACAGGCGGGAAGUACGUGCCGCGCGCGAUUCUGGUGGACCUGGAGCCCGGGACGAUGGACGCGGUCCGCUCGGGGCCGUUCGGCCAGAUAUUCCGACCGGACAACUUCGUCUUCGGGCAGAGCGGGGCCGGCAACAACUGGGCCAAGGGCCACUACACCGAGGGCGCCGAGCUCGUCGACUCCGUUCUAGACGUCGUGCGCAAGGAGGCCGAGAGCUGCGACUGCCUCCAGGGAUUCCAGCUGACGCACUCGCUCGGAGGUGGCACCGGGGCCGGCAUGGGCACCCUGCUCAUCUCCAAGAUCCGCGAGGAAUACCCCGACAGGAUCAUGAUGACCUUCAGCGUCGUACCCUCGCCGAAGGUAUCGGAUACCGUGGUGGAGCCCUACAACUGCACGCUGUCAGUUCAUCAGCUGGUGGAGAACACGGACGAGUCGUAUUGCAUAGACAACGAGGCCCUCUACGACAUCUGCUUCAGGACCCUUAAACUGACCACGCCGACCUACGGCGACCUCAAUCACCUGGUUAGCGCGACCUUGAGCGGCGUCACCACCUGCCUGAGAUUCCCCGGCCAGCUAAACGCCGAUCUGAGAAAGCUCGCUGUCAACAUGGUCCCCUUCCCGCGACUCCACUUCUUCAUCCCCGGCUUUGCCCCAUUAACCUCUAGGGGUUCACAGCAGUAUCGGGCACUCACGGUACCAGAGCUGACUCAACAGAUGUUCGACGCCAAGAACAUGAUGGCCGCGUGCGACCCGCGACACGGUAGAUACUUGACGGUGGCCGCGGUGUUUCGCGGUCGAAUGUCGAUGAAAGAGGUGGACGAGCAGAUGCUGAACAUUCAGAACAAAAAUAGCAGCUAUUUCGUCGAGUGGAUACCCAGCAACGUGAAGACCGCCGUUUGCGACAUACCACCGCGCGGCCUGAAGAUGUCCGCGACUUUCAUCGGCAAUUCCACGGCUAUUCAGGAACUGUUCAAGAGAGUAUCGGAGCAAUUUACGGCGAUGUUCCGGCGUAAAGCAUUUCUGCACUGGUACACCGGCGAAGGUAUGGACGACAUGGAGUUUACCGAGGCCGAGAGCAACAUGAACGAUCUCGUGUCCGAGUAUCAGCAGUACCAGGAGGCGACCGCCGAGGAAGAGGGCGAGUUUGACGAGGAGGAAGAGGGCGAGGGCGAAGACAAGUGAAGAUUCCCGUCCCAUCUCCGGAAAAGGAGUGUUUAUUGAGUGUUCGCGUACACCUGCCGGCUUCGCCUCUCUAUCCCUCUUUUAGCUUCCUCUUUAUAUAGUUAUAUGUCGCCGUCGUCCCCGGCGUCCCGUUAGAGUGUAAAAUAAUAUGUAGCCGAGUCAACGUCGGCCGACACCUCCGAUGUUGCUGUUCCUCGUCUUUUGCAUCCGCGCGUAUUUCUAUCCUAUCGUUGAAAGUACAUAAAAUGAAAUAAUAAAAAAGGUUCUUUUACAUUUUCUCUCUCGCGUAAAAAGCUCAUUUCUCCUUGCAUCCUCUUAAUCGCGUCUACAAUACGGCGAAACGAAACACCCUCUCGCGUUUGGUUUCCGGAUAAGAUAUAAUGCGAAAAAAAUAAAAUAAAAUGUACGCGUAUAUGUACAAGAAAUGUAUCUUCGAAUCAUCCCGAUUACUUUUAGCCUUAAUUUAAUUUUAAAAAAUUGUUGAAACUACUGUUUCAUCACA